GCUGGAGGACCGUAGAUAUUAGCAGUGCUGCGUAUGGAAGAAGCCGCCUGUUGGUGCUGUUUUGGGGCAUGUGGCUCAGAGGAUUGGUGGGGCCGUCUUCCUCUCUGACCCGUCGAUUAAAAAAACCGACCGAGCGGCACAAGGGCCGGGGGAUGCACAGAGGAAACACGGCUUUAAAGGCAAAAAACAGGAAUGCUGAUGCUGCGAAACAUGGAGUGUUGCCUUUGCGGAAUAAACCGAGUUUACGCUGAUGUGGCCGGUCAGUGAGUCUUUAAAAAGCAAACGAUUUGGCUUCUACUUUAUUUUUAUUUAACCGUUGAUACACAUCUGCAAUGAUGUGGGCUGUGAAUUGGAGACAAGCUGCUGCAAUUUUAGUCUGCCUUUUGGGAUACCUUGUCAACAGAGCUGUCGCCAAAACAUUACCGGAGGACACAAUCACACAAGAGGUGACUCUGAAGGUUCACCUGAGCGAUGCCAGCACUCACCAGCCCCUGGGAGGAGCCACCAUACAGCUCUUCGCCAACCACACUUCUGUAACCACGGAAACCUCAUCACCUGAUGGCAACACCUACUUGCGCUUCCCCUACCGCCUUGGGACACCGUUGGUCGUCACCGCAUCCAAACAGGGAUAUGUGCCAAACUCUGUGCCCUGGAGUCCCUCCAGAUUACCUGUAUUUUCCUCGAUCAGCCUGGACCUGCUACCAGAAAGAGCUGCUACUCUGAUGGUGUAUGAAGAUAUUGUGGAGAUUGUUUCAGGCUUACAAGGUUUCAGGCAUCAGCCCAGUGUUUAUUUCCAGCGUAGAUCUCUGAGUCUUCCCUCCAACACAUCCUACGCCAACCUUACAGCUCUGCUCACCGUGGCCAGUUCCCACUCGCAUAUCCAGCACUUUCCCCACCUGCAGGUCCUCAGUGGCAACGGCACAGGGACAGAGAAGGGAUUUGAGUUGACUCCUGUAGUGGCCAUCUCUGUUCACUUAUUGGCCAGUGACGGAGUGGAGCUGCAGGUGAAUGGGCCAAUCACGGUCUCCAUCCCCCUGCCGGCUGACAGUGGCCUGAAGGAAAAUGAUCACAUCCCUGCUUGGAGAUUUGACCCACACUUGGGUGCCUGGAUAAAGAGCAGUUGGGGUCACGUGCAGCGGGAGGGCAACCAGCUCACCUUGACCUACAUCGCUCCCCAGCUGGGAUAUUGGGUGGCCGCCAUGUCCCCACUACACUCAGGUCCAGUGUUUGCAAAGGACUUCAGCACAUACCACACUGUGUUCCUGUUGGCUAUACUGGGAGGCAUGGCUCUCAUCCUGCUCUGCCUGCUCUGCCUCCUGUCGUACUACUGCAGACGUCGUUGUUUGAAGCCUCGAGUGUCUCACCGCAAGCUCACACUGUCCUCUGGUCUGGACGGCAGUAAGAGGGACCAAGCCACCUCCAUGUCCCAUCUGAACCUCAUCAGCAAUGAGGUGCAGCUGGAACUUGUUUCCACAGCGACUGAGCCCGACAUGACCACGCCAAUGUUGAAGCCUUCUUCAUAUGAGCUCCAAGACAAUCAUCGUCAACACAGCCUAAUCCAUCACAGCAAACACAGCCGCUCCUCGCUCGGCAACAACAGCCACCACGGCUCAUCUCUCGGCAAUCUGACGCCUCGCAGCAGAGACUACCGGCAGUCUGUGGAGACGUUCCAAUUAAAGGCUGCCCUUUCAUGCGGAACAGACAGAGGCUACCGUCAAUCAUAUACCUCCGUCUGCUCAUCCAGCAACCCAAUUUCAGAUGCACUGUCAUCAACCAAUCACGGAAAGGUGUUGGCUAAUCAGAUGAGCAGUGUCGGCAUUGUUGAUUGCAUCUCCCCUUCCUCUCCUCCUCACUCUCCCAGUAGAGGGGAGGGAUGUGAGUGCAGAGCUCCUGACUACCUUCUGUCCCGCUCUGUGGACCACCUGGAGCGUCCCAGCCCCCCGUUGCUCUCCCGGCCGGGCCAGCUGCUCUGCUGCGGCUCUGUGGACCUGCUGAGUGGAGGAGAAGGCUACCCGAGAGUGCGUCCUACACUGGUGAUCCCAGCGCACUACAUGCGUCUGCCUGGGGAGCACCCUCUGUCUGGUCAGGCCCUCCUGCUGCAGACUGACCAGCAGAGUGAUUUGGAGACCAUCCAGGCUGAGCUCAAUGCCUCACAUUCCCAGCAGCCCCUUGGGCAAACCCCCACUGACUGCGCCCCACGUCCAACCAAGCAGGGUGACGGAGAAAGGCAUGGCCUGUCAGAGUCUCUGUCUAUCCCAGCAGCGCUUGGGGAAACGGGUCUAGUGGAAAUAAACAGUGAAGACACCCUGUUGGCUGAAAAGACUUUAAUGGAGCUCAGAGGAGGGAAGCCUCUGCCUCACCCACGAGCCUGGUUUGUCUCACUUGAUGGACGCUCCAACGCUCAUAUUCGCCACUCCUACAUUGAUCUCCAGCGGGCAGGGUGCCACAGCAACGUGCCAGGUGGAGGAGGUCAGCAAGGAAAUGUCAGCGGUGGGAGGCGUGGCAACGAUGCCAGUCUGGACUCUGGUGUGGACCUGAACGAGCUGAGAGUGGGUCGCAGGGGGAGAGACGGAGGACGGGAGGAAAGAGAUAUUGAGAAAAACCGGGCAAAGGGGACAGCACCAGCCAUGGCUUACACUCAGCUGGUGUAUGUGGAUGAUCUGGACAGGGGAGGCAGCGAGGAGGAGAUUCCCAAAUGCAGCCCACAGGACAGUAAAACAGGACCCAUCUUGUCAGACAAAGCUGAGGGUCAGAGAGGGGAUCAGGGACAGGGGGAUGUGGAGGAGAAAAGAGUAGAGGAAGUACAAAUACAAGAGGAACCGCCCUCACUUUCCUCUUCAUCCCCUGCUUCUCCUCCUCCCCUGCCAACACCAGAGGAAGAGACGUUCAGGACUGAUCAUGCACUUCUGUCAGUCUCUCCGGAUGACGAUGCAGCACACGAGGAUGGAGAGGAGGAGGAGGAGGAAAAGAAGAGUCCUUGGCAGAAGAGAGAGGAGCGACCCCUGCUGGCUUUGAACCUGAAAUGAUCCACAGAGGACCACUUAAAGGAUAGGUUCACAUCUUUCCUUAAUAGAAUACUCCCAUGCCCAUAUGUACAUUGAAAGCAUUUUUGGUUGCUGUAAUUGUUCCUCCUGUAUAUACUGGACCUCCUUAAAGAGAUUUCAAUUUGAGUUAUGGGGGACAAAAUCCACAGUCCUCGUUCUCUGCUAAAAUUUAGGCUUGGAGCCUGAGAAUCCUCAGGUUUUAAGUUUUCUUCAGUAUUGAAGUAAUCCAGUGAUAAUUGUCUGUACAUGCAUGGAUACACUGCAAAUGUUCAGAAUGAGAACCCUGUCUCUUACAUUAAAAUCACUUUAGGAAGGGAUAUUGUUGCUGUUAGUGUAGACAGCAGGAACAAGUAACUGUUCAGUUGUACGAAUGGGCACAUCAGUUUUGUUUCGACAUAGACUUGAAAAAAUUUGAACUUAUCCUUUAAUCGUGACUCUCCCCCCUCUGCUCAUACCAGAACAUGAAGUAUAGGACCAUUUAAAUUGAAGCCUUUGUUUUUCUUAAUAGAGCACUGAGAAAAUAUUUCAGCACUUGGAUCCCUCAUAGUCCAGAGCAUGAAGGGACGAUUCAGGACCUUUGUGAACAUCCAGGUCCCCUUUAAUAAAAUUACCACUGUUGUACUUUGUCAUCCUCACGACACUCUACAUAAACAGACCACUCAUCAGGAAUGAUGUACACGUUGCCUGAGGCAAGAAAUUAGAAUAUUUUAUGCACAACAAAUGUAUGCUGUUUUUUAUUUUUUUUUAUAAAUAGCCUUGUAAGCAUAAAGGAACCGUAGAAACAGAUGAGUGGUUCUCACUCAAAGACUACAGCAGCCCUUUUUCACGAGCCAUAUUGGCCUCAGUUCACUGACCGAAAACAACACAUUACAUUUCUUUAAAGUGAUAUCAUAACCCUCAUUUCUAAGAUUGUGGAGCAACUGUGCAAAAUACAGCAGUAGUGAUUUUACUCUUGCAUGUCUGUUAGGAAAUAGUCUUUCAGCGUGUUCCUGCACAAGAAUCAGCCCUCACUUAAACAUGUGAAUCCUGUACUUGAAGAAUGAUUUUAAGUGUGUUGCUAGAAUUGAAUCUAGCCCGUCAGAAGGUCGUAUGGGUGUUUGUUUAUGAUCUACAGAGGGGAUGAAGUGUUUGGAUUGAACAAAUUAAACAACUAUCUGCACUGCAACAGAUAAUGUGACACACCACUAUGCUGGUGGAUAAGGAUGUAAUACCACUACGAAACUGUAGUUCCACCCAAAAUAAUUGUGAGGUGUAACAAUAUGAAGGGUUUUAUAAUUGUUGAACCACUGACUGGCAUAUUUUUGCUAUGAAGGCUAUGCAUCACUUUUAUACAGCUGCUUGAGAUGCCUUUUUUUGUCAUUUUAAUCACUAUGAUUUUUUAAUUGCCAAGUAUUUUACCCGGAAAAUAGGCUAUUUUUAUUUUUUUGAAUGUGUUGAGGGCUUUUCUUCUUCACCCGCCUUAUUGUUAUCUACAAAAACCAACCCAUAACUGCAUAAGUUUUACCUGAAACCAAACUUUUUUUGCAUGCUGUUUUACCUUAAUUGUUUUUACCAUUUUCUCAUGUUCCAAGUGCCUUUGAACAACCUGACUCUACAUUGAAUUUGUCUAACGAUUACCUUAUUUAUUUCUCACCUUCUUUUGCCUUCAGCUUUUCUCCUCUACCUCAGCCUUCCCUUUCUCUACCACUUGUGAAAGAAAGCAUGCAGUAAACUUUCCUCAGCACUAGCAUAUUACAAGCUACACUGCAGACAUCCCAGAAAAUGUCUACCAGCUGCUGCAAUCAUAAAAUCCUCUACAGUAAUCAGCAAGGCACAGAUCUGUCUAUCUGUGUAAAGUAAGCAUUGUACCACGGGAUAGAUAAAGCUAAGUGCGAUUGUAUGUCAAGCUAAACUGCAGGUCAUGUCAGUGCAUUUUUGUGUUUGUAAAGGGUGAAUGUUUGUCUCGAAUGUGUUUAUGUGGCUGUAAGGCUGUAUGUUUGUGUUGUCAGACUGUAUCCACGUGAGAGUGCUGACAGAUAAACAACAUACAUCCACUCGAGGUUUAUAUAGUCAUAGCUAUCAUAUUACAGAGUGUGUAUAGUUCUUUCCUUUCCUCUACCCGGUCAAAAUGAUGUGUGAGUUGGUGUUGUGAAUGGCCUUUUCUCUCUUAGUAUCCCACAGCAACAUCCAGUUUUAGGGUGGAGUUGCAGUACAGCAUCCUGAGUGUUCAACAUGGUUGCUUGCAUUAUAUUCUAUAGUCUAUUAUUCUGAAUAAACUGCCAAACUGGAAUGAUU